AAUCGAUAAAGGAGAUACCCACUCAAGUGUCUAAGAUUUGAGUAGCCUCUGACUGCCUAAGACGAGCUCGCCAAGCUUCUGUCGUUGCCGAAUGCACCGAGAAGUAGCAGUGUGACGGACAGUGAGCUCCGAGACUACCCUUGGCCUGAUAAAGUCGAGUCCAUUUCUCGGAGAUUUCUCAUUUCUUAGACAGAUUGCUCCGGGAAGUAUUCGGCUGUUAAUCAAACAGCGAAGACACAUCGUUCCUCGGCGGGCGAUCUAUGAUGAAGCCGCAGGAUCUCGGUGUCGUGCGAUGGAAGAUACAUCAUUCAACAGUACUACUGUUGGCGAUCAUUGGAAUGGCUUGCUUAAGGUCAGCUACUGGCGCUCGAAUCCUGCAGCAGUCUCCCGCUCUUGUGGACGAUGGCUCUUCCCAAGAUGUUGUCUUACCCAGCGACAGCACAACGAAGGCCGCUGCUCCUGAGGCGGCAGCUGCUAGCGGGAAUUCGCCAGCGCCAGUCAGGGCAAGAUGGGCCAGCAGCGUCACACAGGCCAAUGAUGAAGGAACAGGUGAGCCGGCCGCUGCGCCGAGGGCAGGCCUGUCCUGGGCAAACCAAGUCCGCGCGUUGCCUCCCGCCUACCAGGAAAUCGGCGCACAAAUUGUCAGCCAGACUCUCGGCCCCUCUGCCGACAUCCCCGCAGCCGCAAACACCGAGUCCGUUAUGGCUGUGCCCGAGCCCGUAGAGGACCCCGCCGCGGCGCCGGCGGGAGCGCCGGCGGCCACAGACCCGACCGCAGCGGCGGCGGCGCCCGUAACGGACCCGGCGGCCGCAAGUACGGUCCCGGAAGCGACGUUCGCGCCAACGCCGGUGCCGACGCCGCAGCCGACGUUUGCUCCGACGCGCACGCCGGCUGCUGAGGCCGGGCCGGUGGCAACGGCGCUUCCUGCGCUCGUGCCUGUUGAGGCUCCCGCCCUGGUGCCAGCACCUGAGGAGGGCAGCGGGGCUGACACGCUGAUAGUUGGGACGGCUCUUGCGCCGAUCACGUCACCUGCACCGAGGACCGCCUCCUCGUCGCUGCAGUGCUCUGACAGCGGCUCUAACAACUCGUUGGCGCUGAGUAUCUGCAAGUUCAUAACCGGCAUUCUGCCGGCGGCAACGCGGCAGCAGAUGUGCAGCCGCUAUUUGCCCAAGUGUCCUCCGGCGGAGGACCCUCCAAUAUCCGCCACCGGACUGACAGCGACGGGGGAUGCGGUACCCCCGGCGGUGGCGGCCCCGGCGCCGGCCCCAGCCGCGGACACCCCGGCAGCCGCCACUGCGGGGGGGACCCCGUCCAUCUUCGGGCUGCCGAUCCCCCCGCUCGGGGAUCUGUUGGGGGGCCUUGCGCAGGGCUUUACGGGCAUUGCAUCGCCCACGGCAGCAGAUGUGUCCUCUGCAGCGCCGCCGGCUGCACCGGUGACUGCUGUAGCUGGAUAGACUUCAUAGAUCAAAGCAGAUAGGGGGUUGAGGGAUAAAUCUUUGGGGUUCAGGGUGAAGGAAGUCCAGUGGUGGGGUGUGGAUUAAAUGCUUGAGACGGUACAAAUGAAUGUGACCUGACAGAUAUGUGACAUAGAUUCAGUACUGGAAACAUGUAGAGUAGGUGAAAGAGCAGCUCCAGACUUUCAGAUUUGAUGCAAGGAAUGUAGUUUGCUUGUAAUUUAGUCACGUGCAGGUCCAGGUUAUUAGCCAUUCGUAAAUAAGUUGAGGUUGACCCUAAAGGGAGUGAUAUGCGAUUCAGACAAAUCGACAGUCAAUGCCUGAUUUGGAAACGAACGAAUUCUUUUCUACGCAAGCUGGUUGAGCAGACCUGUUAAAAUGAUUCCUGACAUCGGCUGCUCUCCUGCUUUUGACACAGCGGGACGAGAAUAAUCAAACCUUUAACGAUGGCAGUCAAACCAAAACGUGGGGGUAAAGAGACAAGAUCCAAA